ACCAAACGGGCCCUUACAGAGUAGAAAAAACAGAAAGAAAAACAAGAAAGAGCUCGAUAAUGGCGGCUUCAUUUACUUCGACGAUUCAUCCACCAACGAAACCACUCUCGCCGUCAAAACCCUCUCAACUCUCCCCAUUUUCUCCAGGCCUCACUCACAAAACCCUAGUCUCCUUCUCCUCUUCAGUUCGAGCUCCUUCGAUAAACUUGGCCAGCUCGAGAAAUGCGCAGUCUGCGGUUGUUGCAGCUGCUGGAACAAGGAAUUUGAUGGGAUAUCUGACGAAAAAUGAAGGCUUGCGGUUUGCUGUGGUUGUAGCACGGUUUAAUGAAGUUGUGACAAAUUUGUUAUUGGAAGGAGCUUUGGAGACUUUUAGACGAUAUUCAGUUAGAGAAGAAGACAUUACAGUAGUCAAAGUACCUGGUAGCUUUGAGAUACCAGUGGUUGCACAAAAGCUUGGAAAGUCAGGAAACUUCCAUGCAAUAAUAUGCAUUGGAGCUGUGAUAAGAGGUGACACAACCCACUAUGAUGCAGUAGCCAAUUCAGCAGCAUCAGGUGUUCUUUCAGCUGCAAUAGAAUCAGGAAUUCCAUGCAUUUUUGGUGUUCUAACCUGUGAAAACAUGGAGCAGGCUUUGAACCGUGCUGGUGGCAAAGCUGGGAACAAGGGUGCAGAGGCUGCGUUAACAGCAAUUGAGAUGGCAUCACUGUUUGAACACCAUCUGAAGUGAUGCCCUGCUGAAACUGGCAGCAAAUUCGAUGGAAAUUUGAUCGCCUUUGAGGCUUCUUUUUGACCACGCAGAGCUGAUAUGCUAAUUUUGAGGUGAUCGGCUGCCUAAUGUUCUGACCUUUUCCAGCGGUUUUUGCGUAAUGAGCUUUUUGGUAGUUUGUUAUGUAGCAUUUGGCUCUCUAUUUGAAGUUGGAAUUGAGUUAGUGAUGUCAUAUUGAUGUUAAUAAGCGAAACUGCAAAACUUAGAAUGUUGGUGAAGGAAUAAUAAGCGUAUAUUAAUGAAAUCGUGUUCAAUUGGUUCUU